UACAGUCUGGAUUCCCUGAUAAUUGGCCCUGGGGACACAUCAUUACUCCCAGACCUGAUGGAAGGACUGACCUAGCCAUGUGUGAGUCAUAUGAGGGGCGUGGUCAGGGGCCCUCCAUUGAUGAGUUUGAUCCGCUGAGGAAUAACACUUCCUCUCUCUCUCCUCCCUCCUGUGUCGUUACCAUGGAAACCUCCACUCCCCAAUCUAUGCCCCGCCUACCAUACGACCCCCCAGUCCCCCCGAGGGCAGACCCCAGGGGGCCUCCCUUGCUGAUCCCGUUUGACAAACCAGUCAGACCAUGUUUAUCAGAAACUAACAUAUCGCAACUCCAAUUAGAGCACAGGUUGGCCACACCUCCUGGCCUCUCCCCCUUAGCCUCCGCCCAGUCUCAAGAGACUCUUGAUGAUUGUGUAAUCCGCAGACGGAGUGUUAAAGAAUCGACACCUUCGCCCGGUAACCUCACACCUCGGUUUCCACGGGAACGACCUCAAGGAUUCCAUUUAAUGCCCAGCCCUUCAUCGGAGAUCACUAAUCCUUUUAAUAAAGAGGGCGUGGCUCAAGAGGAUGAGGUGUGGCGGAGGAAGGAGGUGGAGGAUGAAGCUAACUUCUUUCUAGUGAACAGUUUCUCUGAACUGGAGAUGACCCCAACAGCUCCUCCUGAUAGGAAGGGCAGUGGGUCCUCCAUUAAAAGGACAGCCUCUCUGGAUGACCUUGAUGAGCGUAGACCAGUUGAUUCGUAUGAAGUCCUGGACUACAAGCAGAGAAGGAUGAGACAGGGUGGCUCUAUAGCCUCAUCUACUGCUAAUACUAUUGGGGGUGGGGUAGAAAUACGCCCACUUCCUGUACCGGCCAGUGUACCAAAGAACAUGUCCCAUCGGUCCCCUCACCACAUAUCAGCUCCUACUGUCACCUCUCAGUCUAUCUCCAGUCCACAGACUAAGAGCAACAAGUUUCACGGGAAGAAGUCCAAGUCUCCUGGUGCUGCUCCAGUGGAUGGUAACAGCAAGUGGGUCUCCAGGUAUCAUCCUGGAGUCCUCCUGUUGAAAGGAUCCAUGAGAGACUGUUUGAUACAAAGGGAACUGCACGAGAGGGAGAAUGACUUCUGUGUCAGGGAACCAUUGAC